AUGAGUGCGUUCAUGGCUCGCAAGAGCAAUAUCGGUCCGGAACAGAGUGCAAGUGUGGAGAAGAAUAAUGUCGAGCUGGAACAGAAGGUUGCAAUACAGUCCAUCAGGAUGUUCCUGAAGUCGAAGACAUCCUACGACGUGCUGCCUGUCUCGUACCGUCUGAUUGUUCUGGACACCUCGCUGCUAGUGAAGAAAUCGCUGAACAUCUUGCUACAGAACAACAUUGUGUCUGCGCCUCUGUGGGACUCCGGGACGUCUAAGUUUGCAGGCCUGUUGACAAGCCUCGACUUCAUCAACGUGAUCCAGUACUACUUCAGCAACCCCGACAAGUUCGAGCUCGUAGAUAAGCUGCAGCUGAACGGGCUGAAAGAAAUCGAGAAGGCGAUCGGAGUGGAGCCGCCGGACCGCGGCUCCAUCCACCCGUUUAAGCCGCUCUACGAGGCCUGCUGCAAGAUGAUAGAGUCGCGCGCGCGGCGGAUUCCGCUCAUCGACCAGGACGAAGACACCCACCGGGAAAUCGUCGUGAGCGUGCUGACACAGUACCGCAUCCUGAAGUUCGUAGCUCUGAACUGCCGCGAAAUCCGGUAUUUGAAGCGGCCAUUGCAUGAACUGAACAUCAUAACGUCGACGAAGAUGCUUAGCUGCUCCAUGAGUACCCCUGUGAUCGACGUAAUACAACUGCUGACGACCGGCGGUGUCUCGUCGAUCCCCAUCGUGGACGAGCAGGGAAAGCUCAUCAACGUCUAUGAGGCAGUCGACGUCCUGGGCCUGAUCAAGGGUGGUAUAUAUAACGACCUAUCCCUGAGCGUGGGAGAGGCGCUGAUGCGAAGGAGCGAUGACUUCGAGGGCGUAUACACGUGCACCAUGGGCGACAAACUGUCCACCAUUCUGGACACCAUACGCAAGUCUCGCGUGCACAGGUUUUUUAUUGUAGACGAAAACGGUCUGCUUACCGGAGUGCUAACCCUGAAUGACAUUCUGAAGUACAUCUUGUACGCUGAAAACUAA